CUUUGCCCUCCCGGUCCCCGAGCAGGAAGCUGCGAUCCGCUGUGUGAGUGGGAGCUGCGAGGCUGAAGCGCAUCCUCUCCCGCAGAGGAGAGCCCGGGGCUGGCGGCUGCAAUCCCUGGCUGCGCUUUCUCGCAGGUACCAUUGGCAUUUUAUGGUGUGGUUGUGCUGUCCAAAGACCUAGCAGGGCUUUAUGGCAAAGGGCUGAUGGAACUCAACAGGGAUGUCAUGCAGGAGAACUACCAGAAUCUCAUCUCACUAGGUUUUCCAAUUCCUAAAUAUGACAUGGCCUCCCAAAUGGAAAAAGGCAAAGAACUAUCUGACCCAGGUCACCAGGCUUUCAAGGAAACCGAGCUCUUGAAAUACACCCACACAGGUGAGGAAUAAGCUGAACCAACUUGGAAACACUCAAUGAGUGAAGUAAAAGAAGUUGGAAUUCCAAUAGCUACUGUGAGCUCAUGGUUCUGCCUCAUGUCAUCUUGUUCCGUUUUGUAAUUAGGAGAACUGGUUACAAUGUAAGAAAACUAUCUCCAGGGCAAAUAUCAAGGAUGGCUUUCUGCCCUUCCUCACUCACUUCUGCUAGUAUUGUCUACCCUCACCUGUACUCUGAGUGUUAAGAAGAGUUGUGGAAGCUGAACUCAUCCCCUCCACUCUUAUUUGGGAAAAACCUGACUUCUGAUCUUCAGCAGUAGUCACAAGUCCUUUGCAAGUCCUCUUUCCAAGGCUUCCUUUCUCCCAAGCACAGGGAAUAACCAUGUCUGGAAUAAUCUUAUCUUUGCCAGGAGAUCACAGUGGAGAGGAGGAGAUGCCUCAGCAGGAAGAUUCUGCAAGCAUGGAACUGCAGCGGGUGUUUUCAGUGAGAUCUGGAGGAGACAUAUGCCAGGGUCCUGACCUGGGAAAAGCCCAUGUGAGUCAGCACAACUCAGCAAUGCCACAACGCGAGGACCCUUCAGAGAGGAAACCAGCUGAAUCCACUCACGGUGAACAAGACCUUCAGGAGCAACGAGAGGACAUCAUCCCCCGACGAACACCCCGAUCAGAGAGACCAACCAUAUGUUCUGAAUGCGGGAAGGGCUUCAGUCGAAGCAUACACCUGAUCCAGCAUCAGAGAAUGCACACGGGGGAGAGACCCUUCAAAUGCACAGAGUGCGGGAAAGGCUUCAGCCAGAGCUCGCACCUUAUUCAGCACCGGAGAAUCCACACAGGCCAGAAGCCCUACACAUGUCAUGAGUGUGGGAAGAGCUUCAGCCAGAGCUCCAACCUUAUUAAACACCAGAGGAUCCACACAGGACACAAGCCCUACGUAUGCACUGAGUGUGGGAAGAUCUUCAGUGAUAGCUCCACAUGUAUAAAACACCAGAGAAUGCACACAGGAGAGAAGCCGUACAAAUGUCCCGAAUGUGGCAAAAAUUUUAGCCAGCGCUCACACCUCAUCCAGCACCAGAGGAUCCACAACGGCGUCAAGCCCUACACGUGCAUGGAGUGUGGGAAGAGCUUUGGCCAGAGCUCCGAUCUGAUCAACCACAGCAGGACCCACACCGGGGAGAAACCCUACAAAUGCACUGAGUGUGGGAAGUGCUUCAGUGGGAACUCCAAUCUGAUCAAACACCAGAGGAUCCACACGGGAGAGAAUCCCUACCACUGUGCUCAGUGUGGGAAGUGCUUCCGCUUCCAGCCGCAGCUUGUGCGGCACCAGAAACACCACGCGCAGUAGGGACCACCAUUCCUGGGAAGAGGGGGAAUACGGCCCUCCUGUAGGGAGAAAGCUAGCUGAGCAUUGCGGUGUGAUGUGGGGGAGGGAGCACGUCCUUAGUGUGAUGAUGGUUCGAGCCAUUGUUUGGGAAUGGGUAUGAAGCACCACAAGAGGAGGAAACUGGGAAGAGUUAAGUAUUCAGGGGAAUCAUGGCCUUUUAUUUUUAGUAGUGAUAAGGGUAAAACAUGGAUCAAAUCAUAACAUUUUCUCAAUACAUUGAUCAGGCUUUGGCAUCCUGGCAGACUUCACCCUGGCCUUGUGGCUCCCUUCAGAACCUAAGCUCCUGAUUCCCACUUUCUGGUACUUUUUUAUAGAUAUUAGUUCCUAUCAAUUAUAUUUAUUUAACCCCACUCCCGCAACCCCACAUUGUGAUAGUACUUGGGCCAUAUCCUUGGAACUGUAUUUGCUGAAUAAAUGGUAGUGAAAUUAAUGUGUCUGUGACAAAUACGCUGCUGUUUGACAACUUAGUCCAUGAGAGCAAGUCAAUUAACAUCCUAAUAGACAUUUCUCUCAGAAAGAUGCUUGCUCAAGUGCCCUUGUGGGUGGCACUUUAUGAAAAUUAUAAAGGUGUAAUCAGUAUGUAGGAUGAAUUUGUUUUAACUGUGAUCUGCUAAUUGACAAUUGGUGAACUGGAGGAGGAUGACAUGCAUUGAAAAAAAAUUAAGCUGUUUGUCUAACUUUAAUUUUAAACUAAAUGUGUUCUUAAAUUUGAAUAUGAAUUUUAAUUUCAUAAUUCUGUUUUUUUCCCCCUUGAAUAAAUCUUAACUUAAACCCC